CGAGACGCUCCCACCCGGCGGUCAAAUGCGAGCAAGCGGGAGAGAGAGUGGGGAGAGGGACGAGGAGCGAAGAAGAGCAGGGACGAGCAGCUGGUUCCCACCGAAACCCUAAAAUCUCCGCCGGAGGUUCCUGUUGUUGAUUUCCGACACCGAGGAGCGAGCAAAGCGCCGGCGGGAAGCAAUCGGCCGACAUGUCGGGGAGGAAAGAGACGGUUUUGGAUUUGGCCAAGUUCGUGGAUAAGGGGGUUCAAGUCAAGCUCACCGGCGGAAGGCAAGUUACUGGUACUUUAAAGGGAUAUGAUCAGCUACUGAACCUUGUUCUGGAUGAAGCUGUGGAAUUUCUACGAGGACUUCCCUUGUUGAAAUCUCACAUACUUAGGGAACUCACAAUGCAAAAAUCUUAUCCUUUCUCUGCAGAUGCUGAUGACCCCUUGAAGACCACUGAUCAAACCAGGCGUCUUGGCCUAAUAGUCUGCCGGGGAACUGCUGUGAUGCUUGUGUCGCCUACUGAUGGCACAGACGAGAUCGCCAAUCCCUUUGUCCAGCCAGAUGGCGCUUAAAUUAAUUUUCCUUUUUCUUUUUGUUCUGAGCCUUACUUUUGGCUGGAUUUCUGUACAAAUAUCUUGCCAUUGCAUUAUGACUCAUCAAAUGUUUAGCUUAUAUGCUCUAGUUGUUUAUUUUUGAA